UUUGGCCUACCUGAGUUGCCGUAGUACGUCACAUGUUGUCUAGUGUGGCUAGUUGAUGCUACCGAAAGCUAGAAAAAAUUCGAAAGAUAGAGGCAAAAAUGGAGACCUAUUAAGGCAAUUUUCCUACUUUUGUCGCUGCUUUGUACUUGUCUUCGAAAUGCCUUAAUCUUUCCGUGUACUGUCGUAUAAAACACACAUGUUAAUAUAUUCCGACAAGCUAGUUUGUUUGCUAGCCAAGAGGAGUUGACAUCUCACUGUUGGCUUCGGAUUAGCUAGCACAGUCGCCAUAGGAACUAAAAGAAAGAGAGCUCCAGAUGCGGCUAAAAGACCCCUUCUCUUUAAAAGCCGCCGAUAUGACUAAGCGGUCCAAUAAACCGAGGAAACCCCGAGAUGAGGAGUCGUCAGAUGAAGUCAGUGGGUUGACUUGCCAGCAUGUAAGUAAGGCUGUGGACCUGAGCACAGUGAAGAAAUCGGUACUGUCCAGCAUUUGGUUGGUAUGCUCUGAGUGCCUUAAGGAGAGGACCAUGAUAGAUGGAGACCCAGCAGCAUCACAUGACAUCCUAGUGUGCUUAAAGUGUGGCUUUCAGGGCUGCAACCAGUCUGGGAUCCAGCAUGCUGUCAAGCACCACCAAGCUUUUCAUCCAGAGUCUCACUGCAUCACCAUCAGCUUGAGCACGUGGAAGGCCUGGUGUUUUGAAUGUAAUGAGGAGCUCUCCACUCACUGCAACAAGAAGGCUUUGGCUCAGACCCUAGACUUUUUACAAAAGCACUCUGUCAAGACAACAUCAGCAUCACCCAAGAUCAUCAAGCUGCGAGAGGAACCAUCAGAUUAUAGUGACCCACCCAGAGGCAAGAGUCCAGUUAUCAACAGCAUCUUGGUCCCUGUGAAGGGCAUCAGUAACCUUGGUAACACCUGCUUCUUCAAUGCUGUUAUGCAGAACUUGUCCCAGACACACAUGCUCAUAGACCUCAUCCAGGAAGUGAAGGAGAAAGGAUACAAACUGAGGAUCUGCCCUCCUGUCGACACUAAUCUGAGUCCAUUGACAGUAACACUGCCCGGACCAGAGCCCCUUACUGCAGCCAUGUUUCUCUUCCUUCAGAGUAUGAAAGAGUCAGGGAAAGGCCCGGUUAAUCCCAAGAUCCUCUUUAACCAGCUGUGCCAGAAAGCUCCACGUUUCAAGGGCUACCAACAACAAGACAGUCAGGAGCUUCUGCACUACUUACUGGACUCCAUCCGAGUAGAAGAAACUAAAAGGGUGAAAGCGGGUAUUCUAAAGGCAUUCAACAAUCCCACAGAGAAGACAGCAGAUGAGGAGACCAAACGCCAAGUCAAAGCAUACGGGAAGGAAGGUGUGAAGAUGAACUUUGUUGACCGCAUCUUUGUAGGCGAGCUGACCAACACAAUUAUGUGUGAAGAAUGUGAGCAUAUCUCCACAGUGAAGGAGGCUUUCAUAGACAUCUCUUUACCCAUCAUAGAGGAGAGGAUAUCAAAACCAUCCAACCCUGGCAGGCUGGGGAAGGGCACGCGAGAGCAGGACACCCCCAUGGCUCACCAUGAGCAGGUGCUUUCCACAGCACACACUGUCAACCGAAACACCAGGAAGCUGAGUGGACAGAAGCAGCAGAGCAGGAGGUCUUCCACCUCUGUGGAGGAGAGGGGAGCAUGCUAUGGAGCAGAGCGACCAGAGGAGGAGGGGGUAGCUGGUGGAUCAGCUCGCAAUGUCUUAGUUUGUAAGGUGGCUGCCACCGCCAGCAGCCUUUCAGAUGGCAGUGAAAGAGACUCAGGUGCUCAAGACAGCAGUAACGACGCUGACAGUGAAGCCUCAGAGAGCGAGUGGGCCCCACGCGCUUCCUCCUCGAUCCACGGGCACACGUCCACCCCAUCGUCCACUUCCACCCUGACUCCAUCCCCUACGCUCCUCUCCGCCUCCUCCCCCUCGCCAUCAUCCUCAACGAGACAAAGCGGCACUGUAGAGCAACUAGUUACUGCUGUGUCUAAAGUCAACCUUGGGUUUGGUGCAGGGGACUGCUCCCCUUCCACACACUGUUCCCCAGAGGAGCAGGGAGAAACACAGUCCCGAGAUAACCUCCACCAGGGAGCCUUCCAGGUGCUGUCCCAUAGUUACACACCCAGCUCCAAGGAGUGCUCCAUCCAGUCCUGCCUCCACCAGUUCACCUCUGUGGAACUGCUGAUGGGCAACAACAAGCUCCUGUGUGAGAGCUGCACUGAACGCAGACAGAAGCAGCUGCGCAAGAGCAGCUCUGUUGAUAAGAAGGUGGAGAAGGUUUACACCAGUGCGAGGAAGCAAAUGCUGAUAUCUUCACUGCCUCCAGUCAUCACAUUGCAUCUAAAGCGCUUCCACCAGGCAGGGAUGAACCUACGUAAGGUGAACCGGCAUGUUGACUUUCCCCUGAUCUUGGAUCUGGCUCCAUUCUGUUCAGCAUCCUGCAAGAAUCUGGCAGUGGGGGAGCGUGUCCUCUACAGCCUGUAUGGAAUUGUCGAACACAGUGGCUCAAUGCGAGGGGGGCACUAUGCUGCAUACGUAAAAGUGCGCCCUCCCCUAAGGAAAACAGAACAGCACCAUAGGAACCUGUCAGGUGGAAGGGAGGCCAGCAGCAGCUCCCCAGGCCAUUGGGUGUAUGUCAGUGAUACUACUGUUCAGACGGUACCAGAGUCCAGGGUACUCAAUUCUCAGGCAUACCUGCUCUUCUACGAGGAAAUAAUGUAAUGUGACCAUCAGAAGUGUUUUCCCAUGAAAUCUGUUUUGCUUGUUACUGUUUUUGUUACAGCCUGUAUCCCUCUUACUGUGAGUGGACGGUCCACUCGCUCAUCUUACAUGAGAGGAAUGACUGUUGUCAUUUGUAUGCAAGCUCUGUUAAAAGUGGCACUUCUUAUCUUAUAUACAAAAGAUAAACAUCAGGUGUUAUUUUCUGCUUUACGUUUCACUUGGGUUUCUUAUUUUAAAAAUCUUAAAAAGAGGUCAGGAGAGAAGAGUGAUAUUGAACCUGAGCUGUUCUAAAUUUGUUGUCUCUGCCACAAUCAUGUGCCUGAGAUAUAAACUGCAUGAAGGCGUUUGCUAUGAUAUCUGCUAGGAAAUAAGCAGAAUUAUUGCAUGCUAAACUGUGCUCUGCACUGACUAGUUGAUGUCAUGUGUGUGUGUGUGUGUGUGUGUGUGUGUGUGUAGGUGUGUUGUGUUUGUGUGCUCGCACACAUGUAUGAGUGAGUAAGAGACAGAUGAAUGUAGCUUAAAGGGGCUAUGUGUUUAAUUGUCAUCAGUAUACGACUGCCAGAUUAAACUGGCAUAGUAUAAUUAAUGUAAAAUUUAAAACUGAGAACCAUCAUAAAAAAAGAUUGGCUCCUUUGUUACUCUGUGUGGCACUACCUCAGAUUCUUUGAAAAAUGUGCUUCAAUAUAUCUGGCAAUGGCAGAAGGUGGUAAGAAACAAUGAAUCAGACAUGCUUGUCCCUUUCACUAAAGAGGCCGUGGCUGGGCACGAGGACAAGUGGCAGUAGUGUUUGGGAUGGAGUUUAUGGGAAAUAGGGUUGUACAUUUGAGACAUGCCAUAAGUGUUGUGUAGCUGCUAGUAGUCUCUCUGCCUCAGCCCUACUUAUAAUAAUGAUAACCAAGCUAAGACAUGUCACAGUAGCUUACAUUGACAUACUGAUUGAACUUGCUGCACAUAGCACCUUUAAGGAGUAGCACAACAGUUAUGUUACAGCCUACUCUGAAUGGGUUCUUCUUUUUUACAUUAGAAUGUAUAAAUGUUAAGACUAUCAGUGAAUUGCAUUUGCCAAAGAUGAGUUUUGCAACUGCAAGUCAGCAGAAAGUUGAAACCAAAUUCAUAAGGAGUUUACUUCAGUUUCUUUAGUGUGUGCCCUAUCAAGGCCAUCAAACAUACAGUAAUUGUUUUUCAGAGCACCUUGUCUGCCUUCACUGUAUUCCAGCUCUACUUUAACUGUGUAAGCACACACACAAACCCGUGUUCAAAAAUGAGUUAGAUUGACUUUUUAUUCCUUAAUAUCCGUAAUGUUGUAAAAGAUAAAACUACAUUAAUUUAAAAAAAUUAAAAGGCUACAAGCCUUUCUAGAAAAACAACUUUGCUGUAAAGUGCAUGGGUCAGUGUUCUAAUGAAUGUAUUUCCUGUUCUUGAAAUGUCUGUCAACUGCAAUAUUCAUCUUUUUCUAUGAAAAUAGUUUAGAUGAAACAUUUUUCUUGCUUGCUGGACAUUUGCCAAACCAGUAGAAGGAACGGGUUUCACAUAUGCAUCCCAGUCUAGAUAUUUGUUUUCUUGUGAAACAUGGGCAAAUUCAGUGCCUGCGCUUCAGGUUUAAUAAACCUGUGCAUGGUGAGACAAAUCAAAUGCACAGAGGGAUACGUGUGGUAUAUUUAUGUACAGUAUAACUUACUGUAAGCAAAAAUAAUGAAUAUAUAACUAUACAUAGUAGAAACAUUACAAAAUCAUGGUGCUUUAGGCAUGCAGGGUUUUUCCUGAAGACAGCUUUUUGUUCUGGGAAAAUCUGAUGUAGUUUCAGUUUUAAAAUGAUAAAGGUUUGGUACUAUACCUAUAUACUGUAUCAAAAUAAAUCACACUU